AUGCGUAGCAAGCAACAAACAUUGGUACACCCCGAGGAGAGUCCGCGCCAGCUGUCCAGCUCCGGCAAUCUGCAGCUCGGCAAUCAUCAUCUUCAGAAUUUGGUCCACGCGAGUAAAGAGCUAUCGACCGUGAAGACGACGAGGCCGACGACACCCGUCCUGGCGAACGACGGAGGGGGCAGCUUCUGGCUGGCCACGGUGGCCGCGGGGGCAAGUACCCCAGCCGGGCUGCCCCCGCACGGAACUCAUCAUCCAGCCAUGGAUCCGACAUGCGGAUCCGCCGAAACCGGCUUCAUCAACAGUCAACCCUCCAUGGCCGAAUUCAUGACGGCGUUGCCGCAAUUGGCUGGGGACAGCAGCCUGCAACACUCGCCGGGCACCGGCGGUUCCAUCAGCCCCGGCGCUCACCAUCCCGCGUAUCAUACCAUGAUGGAUCCCCACGGUGUCGCCGACCCCUCGGGUGUCAACGUUCCUGAGUAUCCCUGGAUGAAGGAAAAGAAGACUACGAGGAAAAGUAAUCAGCAAGAGAACGGUCUGCCAAGAAGGUUACGAACGGCUUAUACGAAUACGCAACUUCUCGAGCUGGAGAAAGAAUUUCAUUUCAACAAGUACCUUUGUCGACCGCGAAGGAUAGAGAUCGCAGCUUCAUUGGAUCUCACAGAGAGACAGGUAAAAGUUUGGUUUCAAAAUCGACGAAUGAAGCACAAGCGGCAAACUCUUAGCAAGGAAGACGGCGACGAGAAGGAUGGUUCCACGUCGGACGGCAUGGAGAAGCCUAAGAGCGACAAAAUGUUAUCAGCUGAUAACGACGAGAAGAAGAGCUGUCAUAACUGUGAUAUUUCGGGCGUGGGAGACGUCGGGAGCACCCUCACCGGCGACGUUACCGACUUAGGUUCUUCCGGUCGGAGAAACAGUAACAACAACAAUACACCUGGCGCGACCAACAACAACAAUAACAACAACAACAGUAAUCCUGGUUUUAACACGAACAGCAACGGUGCCAGCAGCGUUGGCAGUACCAACAGUGUGUCCAGCUCGUUCGAGAAGAUGAUAGUGGAUGACGAUUCGAGGUCGCAAGAUGGAAGCGAGGUGACGUCGCCGAGCGUGACGAAAAAAUUGUCGGGCGAGGUGAGAGUGAAGGUUGAGAGCGGCCACAAAAGUCCGAGCACAGGGAAGCAACAGCAGAUCUCGGUGAGCAAGAAGUCGCCAUCGGCCAGCACGAAGGACAUGUGUUCGGUGAACAGCAAUGGUGUGCUGUUAGCCAUGCCGGACUCGACGGUCAGCACGCCGGUUCUGCCGGGUCAAAAUUCCACGAGAAGUUUGACGCCAUCCUCGACACCCGGUACCCCCGUUUCCGUCCAGCUUCAGCAAGGCAGCCCCCUUGGUAUCCAGCAAUCGGCUCACACGGCCUACAUGCAGAGGCCGCGAAGCUCGCCGUCCUCCACGACCUCGUUACCGGGCCCGAUGUUGCACGCCUCUGCGAAUCCGGGAACGAUGUCGCCGCACGGUGGCCGAAACAUCUCCAAUAGUCAGCAGGCGCACUUCCAACAGCAGAGCGUGUAUCAGUCCGCGCCGGCGAUUGAUUAUCGAAACGGCGUGCCUGCAAACAGGCAGAGUAUACCUACGGCAUCGCAACAGACCCAAUCACAGAGCAGUUACUGCACCAGAGAUACGUAUCAGCAACCAAGAAUCUCUUAUCCGAGCGAAGUGAAUUCUCUGUACGUUAGACAGAAUCAGACGGUGGGCUCGAGGAUGCCGCAUCACGUGAGAACGACGGGCACGGCGUCGAGGUCGAUGUACGGUGCCAACAUGCAGUUCCAUCAGCAACAGUUGCAGUACAACGGAGAGUACAACGGGUAUCCUCAGGCCGGGCCACCUUAUCACGCUUAUCACAGAGGCAUGCAAGGUGCCAACGCGUACAAUUCCGGCCAGGGGUACUCGGCGACGCAGAACGAGCAGAGCACCGACGGCUACAUGACGUCUGGAAAUUACGGCUACUCGACGCCCAGUAAUUAUCACGGGGUGGCCGGUGAGAAUCUGGCGACACACGGCCACGCCGCUGUGUCCGCGCAGACCGGGCAGCAUUAUUUCAACGACAUCCAGCAGCAGCAGCAACACCCGCAGCAACACACCGCCGAGGGCUACGUCACUCAUCAGCCGCCGAUGCAUCCAAGUUCCGGCGACUACCGGCCGGGGAACAAGUGUCACCCGGGAGCGUAUUACGAGCAGACUGCUGGUCAGCUGCACGUUCAUCAGGGCGGCGAGGCCUCCAGCAUCCCGAACAGCUACGUAUCGUCGCCCGAUCCGUUUCCGGCGCCCGGCAUGACGACAACCGCGACGGCAAUCGCAGCCGCCACCGCAGCGGUUAUCACGCCACCCGGAAGCGCCGGCCAGGCUGACGGUAACAACGAGUCCUAUGGCAAUUAUGGCAAUUUUUACGGCGAGCCGGUGCACACCGCCGCGGCGGCGCCGCCGCCAUCCGCCGACAACAGUAACAGCUCGUCCGACUUCAACUUUCUCAGCAACCUGGCGAACGACUUCGCGCCCGAGUAUUACCAGCUCAGCUGAGUCCACGAGACUGAGAAUCCUUGCCAGAUGGACUGGGGCGAUGAGCAAUGCCUACUCAACGCUUUGUACUGAAGCUGACACCGUGCCGCGUAACAAUCUAUACGUGAUUUGUACAUAUACUUUUACCAUUCGUAAUUUAAUUCUGCGUGUAAAUGGAAAUUGUGUAAAAUAAAAUGGACUCGGUUUAGGAAUGUUAUUAUCGGUGCAUGUGUCUAUAUAAGUAUGCACCAUCCAGACUAGGUUGUCGAGUGUCCCCUAGUUCCAAGUGACACCUUCCGCGAGUCGUGUCCAAAUUAUUUUCAAGACCGGCUGCAUUAAUCAAGGCACGAGGACUAGAGAGUGGUUCUACACGGCGAACCUG